AUGGAGCUUAUGACUGUUGUAAAGAGGACCUUAUCACAGCUGCAUGAGGAGAAUUUACAGGCUUACCAUAACCACUUCCACUUGGGACUUCUAGCUGUAGUGGGAGCCUUGUACACUGCUCAUAAAGCCUUUUAUGUGCUAUGCCGCUGUUACCAUGCAAUCAAAUUUCACAUCAGCAUUCGUAUGUUCAGUAAAACUUUCCUGGCCAGACAAUACGGCGGGUGGGCUGUUGUUACUGGGGCCACGGAUGGUAUUGGGAAAGCAUAUGCGGCAGAGUUGGCCAGCUUUGGCAUAAAUAUCAUCCUGAUCAGCCGCAAUAGAGAGAAAUUACAAAUGGUGUCUGAGUCCAUUGCUACAACCUAUGGAGUUAAAACCAGCUUCAUAGAGGCCGAUUUCAACAAGGGCCGGGAAGUGUUUCCUGCCAUUAAGGAAGCUUUGAAAGAUGUUGAUGUUGGCAUCUUAGUGAACAACGCUGGGGUGUGCUAUGAGUACCCCCAGUAUGUAACUGAUGUUCAGGAGGAUAAAAUUUGGGAGAUCAUUAAUGUCAAUAUUGCUGCAACCACUAUGAUGCUGCACAUAGUUCUGCCGGGUAUGGUACAGCGAAAGAAAGGAGCAAUUAUCAAUGUGUCCUCCGCAACCGCCUGCUUAAUAUGCCCUCAAUUUACUAUAUAUGCUGCUUCCAAGUUUCAGCCAGAAUUUAAGCAGCCGUACCUGGGACAGCUGUUUGAAAUUAAACCAACAACUUACCUGGACAAUUUAACUGAAGCUUUAUACCACGAAUACUCUACCAAGGGAAUUUUUAUACAGAGCCUGAUCCCAUGUGUUGUGGUUACGAACAUGACAAGUCCAAUGUGUACAUUUUUUAAGAGAAAGUCGAUACUGGUUACUCUGGCUAAAGACUAUGCCUAUCAAGCCGUAAGGACCAUAGGACUAUGCCGAAGGACAACCGGAUAUUAUUCUCACUCCCUCCAGGUGCAGAUGGUUGGACGUGAUGCUAUUGGUCGUGAAUUCGUUUGGAUGUAA